UUGAGGAAAUUAAUGUUUUCAUAUUGAAUGAGAAAAGUAAAGUUAACCUUUAAUUGUAAUUAAUGUUUUCCCUUAAUUGGUGAAUUAAUUGAUUCCUCAAAUUAGUCCAAUUAAUCCUCUAUGGACUCUCUUACCUUUGAUUAGCCUUUUAACCAAACAUUUUAAUUGUGUUGAUCUCUUUCUCCUUGGUUGUUAUUCUGGUUCAUGUUCAGUUUUAAUCUUGUUCAAUAUUAACUUUCAUGAAUUUAUAUCUAAUUGUUAAUUAUGGUUAAAGGAAUCGUUGAAUACUUUGGACCCAACAAAACAAAUUAUCCUUGUGGUUAUUGUAAAGCAAAUAAACCAGAUAUUUCAAGUUAUGGCUUAUGGGCUCAUGAGAUGUCCACAGAUCAAUAUCAAAUUUUAAUCGAUAGAACCUGGAGGAGAAGUGGAAAAUUUUGCUACAAAUCAAUUCUGAAUAAGAUUUGCUGUCCAACGUUUGCAAUUAGGUGUGAAGCUUUGAAUUUUAAACCAUCUCGAUCUCAGCGGAAAGUUAUCAAGCGAUUCAAUAAUUUCAUUUAUCAUGGGAUAAAACCUAAAUCCUAUGAAAAAGAAUCAAGGAAUACACAGGAAUCGGGAUCGCGAGAGAGGGAAAGUGAACCACAAGCUCAACGAUCAUCCUCAUCAUCCAAAUCGUUGGAAAGUCCAUCUAAUAUUGUCGAUACUUCAACAACAAUAACACCAACGAAAAUCCAUGAAAACAGUUCAAUGGAAGAGGCCAAAGUGAAAGAUCCCACGAAAAAGGCUAAAUAUUUACGAUUACAAAGACGUGUCGAUAAAGUGGCCUUAAGGCAGAAUUGCUCAAAAGAAUUGGCUCUCGAAAGGAUUAAAGAAAAGGCUUCAAAAAGACAGCAACAAUCAACGAAAUCAUUUGAGGAUUAUUUUAAAAAGCCCGAUAAUUUAGAUAAACCAGCUCAUAAACUCGAAAUCAAAUUUGUAUCGACUUGUAAAGAUGAACACAUCAGAACUUUUCAAGCUUCUCAUAAAUUAUACGAAAAAUACCAAACUCAUGUUCACCAAGAUGAUCCCUCCGAAUGUACACCCAAACAAUUUAAACGAUUUCUAAUCGAUAAUCCAUUCGAGGCGAAACUAUUUUACAGAGGAUUAGCCCAUUCGAUUCCAACUUCCUAUGGAUCUUAUCAUAUGCAAUAUUGGUUAGAUGAUGAGUUAAUUGUCGUCGCCGUUUUAGAUAUUUUAUCUCAUUCUGUCUCAUCUGUUUACCUUUUCUAUGACCCUGAAUACAGUUUUCUAAGUUUAGGAACUUAUUCUGCGUUAAGAGAGAUACUUUUAGUUCGUGAUCUUUAUAAGAUUAAUCAAUCGAUUUCUUAUUAUUACCUUGGUCUUUACAUUCAUUCGUGUCCCAAAAUGAGUUACAAGGGAAAAUUUUAUCCUUCAUUUCUUUUAUGUGAUCAAGCAUUGACCUGGCAUCCAAUUGAAAAGUGUAUACAAAGAUUAUCACAUCAUUCGUACCCUCGAUUUGAAGAUGAUCUGAACAAAGUGGAUGAAGACUCAGUUGAUAUAAAAGAUGACGAUAUUUCAAUUCUGUAUUCAAGAAGAAUUUACAAUUACUCCGUUUAUAAAGUUCUAACAAAAAAUCAGGAUUCAGAUGAAGUCUAUGAAUACGCUCGGCUUAUCGGUAAAAGAAGUACUAAAAACAUUUUACUCUACCGUAAAGAGGAAAAUGCUGAUUGCUCGAGUAAUUAAAUCCAAUUACAAUUUUAGAAAGUGAAUUGAAUCUUGAACAUAAAAUAGUCGAAAAGCGAAUUUGAUGAAUACAAUUAACCUUUUCAUCUUAUAUGGAGUCAAACUAAUCGUCCAAAUCUUAAAUUUAUUCUUAUGGUCAAGCAUCAUUCAUCAUCUUGGCUAUUAAUUGUCUCACUCAAUUAACACCAUGAUUCUUAGAAAUAAUCAACAAACUAAUUAAUACUUUUAAUAUCAUUACCUUUUAUUUUCCAUCAAAUUCAAAAUAUUUUAACAAUCAAAUUUUUAAAAUGCAAUAACAUCGUUUGAAUAAAUAGUAACAUUCACAAUAAAUCACAA